AGCGCGUGGUGGCUGUGCGAUGGAGGACAAGCUAAAGUCGCUUGUCUUUCAUCAUUAUGUGCCUAAAGAUGAGAAUUUGAAACGUUUUGUACGUAGCGAUUUGGAAGAUUAUCGGCAGAUUGAGGAAGACAUAGAUAGUGCCAUAAAUAAGAUUAUAGAGGAACACUCAAAUAAGGAUGUACUUUCCUUGGUGUUACCCAGCAAGCAAAAUUGGGAUCUUAAGCGUGACCUUCGCGACUCAAGACAGUUAUUAGCGACCAGGACUGAUAUGGCGAUAAUGAAGUUACUACAGAAUCAACCUAAGACAAAUGAAAUUGACUCUACGGUGUUGGUUCACUUCAAUCAGGAUGCUAUGGAUCGAGCGUUAGAACAUGACGACUUUUGAUGAUCAUAACAUCAAUCUAUUUUAGAGGAGUCGCAUAGAUACAAUGAUUGUUCGAAAGGAUAUAUU